CCACAAAAUCAAAUCCCUAGAAUUUCGUUUCGCCACUCUCCAUACACAGACUCGUAACAAAUGGCCGAACCUGAGCUUCACCGCUCCACCUCCACUCUCCCGCCGCCGGCGGCGGCCGUCCUCCUUCGCCCAAGCCGCAUCCCCCACGACGUCGUCAUCGACAUCUUCCGCCAGCUCCCGGCCAAGUCCCUCCUCCGCUUCCGCUCCCUCUCCAAGCCCCUCUGCGACCUAAUCGACAGCUCCGAUUUCAUCCGGCUCCACUUAUCCGACUCCCUCCGCGCCAAAUCCCACCACUCCCUGAUCCUCCGAGACUGGCACCUCUACACCGUCGACUUCGACUCCCUCGACGCCGCCGUCGGUCUCGAGCACCCGCUCUCCGUCGGCGGCGGGACCGAGGCGCUCGGCUCCGUGAACGGCCUGGUCGCGCUCCGGAACUCGGAGCGGGAUCUCGCGAUCUACAACAUCGCGACGCGGAAGGUCCGGAAGCUGCCCGUGAGUGAGGUGGAGCCGCCCGGCGGGCAGCACCUGAGGACCGGGUACGUGUUCUACGGGUUCGGGUACGAUUCGGUGAACGAUGAUUAUAAGCUGGUGAGGAUGGCGACGUUCGUCGGGGAUGAGAAUGCGUGCGAUACUUACAAUUACGAUUACGAGGUGAAGGUUUAUAGCUUUAGGAGCAACUCGUGGAAGAAGAUUAUGGAUGUCCCGUUUUAUAUCCGGUUCUUGCAUAAGCCCCUGCAUCAGGUUUUGCAUAGGAGAGGGUAUGGUGUUCUUGUUGGUUCAGCUCUGCAUUGGGUGCUGCCUCAGAGGGCGAUGCUGGGUUUGAAGAAUUAUAUUGUGUCGUUCGAUUUCGUUGCUGAGAAGUUCGACGAAGUGACUCAGCCGGAGUAUGAGAAUAAGGAUCUGAGCUACCAAGUUGAUGUGGGGGUUCUGGAAGGGAAUCUGUGUGUGAUGUGUAACUACGAGCAUGUAUGCGUCGAUCUCUGGGUGAUGAAGGAGUACGGAGUGAAGGAGUCUUGGUCUCGGAUGUUCUCGGUGCAGAAGAUUAGGAAUACUACUACAUUUGGGUUUUUGAGGCCUUUGAUUAUUGCUAAGGAUGGUAAUGAACUGCUAUUGGAAGUGAACGACGAGAAGCUUGUAUGGUAUGAUUGGAAGACUGGGAAAGCUAGAAGUGUGAGGAUCCGUGAUGGGCCGAAAUCUUUUGGUGCUGUAAUGUAUGUGGAGAGUCUUAUUCCAGUUGAUGAUCCUGAUGAAGUCGAGCGGCAGCGACGGUUAAGGGAGGAUGCCGAGAGGGAGAAGUUGAGAUCCGAAAAUAACUAUGGGGAUGACUUCUUAUCAGUUGGAUUUAAACUAAAGUUGUGACCAGCAGAGAAGACCCGGAUGACCAAGAGAUUGUCCGCUGCGAGCUAUCCGCGGAGAAACAUGGCAUCACAAAGUCCAUGUGACGCCAUGACAAGGGAAGCCGAGGCAUGUGGAGGAAAACCUACAUCUUCCCUCAGCCCUCAGCAAGAAGAAGAAAGAGCUUGUAGAAAGGAAAGGGAUCAUCUGUAGACUACCUUGCACCGAUCAAACAACCAAAACAAAAGCUAAAGAAUAAGAAAGCAGAAAGUGAAAGCGACCCAGAAAACAAAUAAAGGAAAGCAACAGAAAACAAAAGAGGUUGCUUACUGUACAUGCAUUGCAGGUUCAUACCCGACGGCGAUGAGAAAGGUGCAGCUGUAUUACCUUUUACUCCAUUUGUACCUGACUGAAGCUUGAUAAGAGGGGAAGUAGAGAAGAGUUGUAUGCAGGUUGCUGCUUGGUUACUGCAUGUGCUUCUUCUGCUUACUUUCUCUGAUGUAAGUGAUGGCUGUGUAUAUUAUGUAUUAUUGCUGAAGUCUCUAUUGUGUGUUGUAUCCUUUGCUGCAACUUACCUUGACAUCAGUGUACUGCUGUGAGUUUGACACAUAAAUAGUCUGUUUGUAUCUUCUUGCUUGGUUAUGCUGCUGUAAUCUGGAUCGGAUUGCCUUGUAUCAAGUGCUCACAGAUGUAUAAAUUUACUACUGAGUGGUUUACAUGGCCAGUCUUUAUAUCAGCCACUGCUGUAGAAAGUAGAUCAUUUGGUAGUGACAAUACCGGGG